AUGUCGUUAGUAUGCAAUUCUGAAAUGAAAGUUUAAUUAUGAAAUUAAAAGUAUAAACUACGGACAUUAUUAAAAAUGUUUAGGAAAGAUUUAUAAAAAGUAAUAUCUUUCACAGAAAUUUCAAAAUUAUCAUAUUUUGGUUGCCGAAGACAUGCAGAACGGAAAUGAUCCAAUCAACUCUGAAAAAAUCAAUGAAGAGAAAGCUUCAGCUCCUCCAGAUUAUUUUCAAUCACAAUUAAUUCAUCAACAAACAGGAGUAAACAACUUUCAACAAGCCAGUAAUCCUAACAUUCAAACUCCGAAUCCGAUGGGAAUGAACAAUCCUCAACUUAAUCAACCUCAAGCACCGUAUCCGAUGGGAAUGAACAAUCCCCAAUUUAACCAACCUCAAGCUAUGUACCCAAUGGGAAUAGUUAAUCCUCAAUUUAAUCAACCUCAAGCUAUGUACCCAAUGGGAAUGAACAACCCUCAGUUUAACCAACCUCAGCAAUAUCUAAAUACUCCACAAUUACCAAUCAACAACAGUAAUAACAUUGUUAAUCAACCUCAGAAUUCUAAUGUAAUAAACAUUAAUGUCAACCAAUCAACUAAAGAAAAAACUGUGUUGGUUGAAAUUCCUCCAAGUCACAUGAGGCUCGCUAUAUGUUCCUGUUUAUGCUGUUUUUGGCCUAUUGGAUUAUUCGCCAUUAUGAAAUCCUAUGAGGUUGAUAGCGCAUUUGCAGCGGGUGAUUAUUCGCGUGCUCAACAGGCUUCUAUUUCUGCCAGAAAAUAUGCAAGAAUAGCAAUCGCUGUGGGAUGCUUUGUAAUUUGUGUAAUUGCUAUCAUUAUGUUUACACGAAGAUCAUAUUAAAUUUUUUAAAUACUCUUUAAAUAUAAUAUAAAUAGAAGUUAAAUCCGCGUUUAUAUAAAUUUUUAUGUUGACACAAUUAUUUAAUUCUCAACACAUUUAUUUUAUGUAAUACGUUUAUAAUUGUAUUCAAACUUUAUGAAAUAUGUUACUUUUAUAACUAAAAUUAAUUGAAUAAAAUUUUUGCUGAAAAA